AUGUGGCAGCAUUCAUCCCGGACAGUCCUUCGCCUGCUCAAUCGACAUACCCCAGCAUUCAUUCCCAAAAGCUUUUCUACCCCUAUCAGAUGUUUUUCCCAGAUUCCCUUUUCGCCUCUCAUUGCCGUGCAACACAGUCCUGCAGCCUUGUCAAAGGCAAAGGUUAGCGAUACCAAGAAGAAGGGUAAGAGUCGCAAAUCGAACAGCCAACCUCCGGCCGUCCUUCUCAACACCAACACUCCUGCCACUAUCGAAGACAGCACCGUUUCUCAUGAAGAUGUGAAGUACGUUGCUACUGAAGCCGCUCAUGAAGGGCUCUUCAAAGGCGCGGACGCGGUCGAGGAUUCCGUGCUCGACGGUUUUUACUCCAUUCGCAACAUGGAUGGUUUCGAGAAGUGGAUCAGCGAACACGCGUCAACACUUUGCAAGGCUUCUGAAGGCAAAGACAAGCCUAAAGACAAAACUUUAGUCCUGGACCUCGAUAACACCGGGUCUGAUUACCCAAUCAAACUCCACCCUGCUUGCCUCACUUUCCUGCACGAGAUGAGCGCGCAUUACGAAGAGAUCGCCAUCUAUACCUCGAGCUCAAAAGAUUAUGCCCAACAAAUCAGCUGCCAAAUUGCACUCCGUUAUGCCGAGGUCUACCGGCCGAACCGCUUCCCGAUCUCUGAAAUCCUGAGCCGUGACGAUUGCCCCAUCGACCCAAUUGACAAAGACCGCUGCAAGGACCUUCUCCGCUUUGGGAAGCUGGACAACGUUGUGUUUAUUGAUGACGACCCCUACUACUCGAUGAGGAGUCAGAACGACAACGUCCUCCAAGUGCGCCGAUACCAUGGAAAUGAGUCCGAGGAAGCUGGUCUGAUGGCCCUCGUGCCCCUCCUCAAAUUUCUUAGUGCGGUCGACAGCGUCCCCAGCAACUUGCGCAAACUCAAAAAGGUUUGGCACAAGAACGGUCUUGUUAAGAUAGUCCAGUCCACCGGAAAUGAGACAUGCUAG